UGAAAUUUUAUCUUGCAGAACUAUCCCAUGAUAGAUCACUGUUACGAUGUCGUGAUCGUGGGCGCUGGUGGUGCGGGAUUAAGAGCAGCGUUCGGUUUAGGAAGUAAGGGAUUCCGGGUAGCAGUAGUCACGAAAUUGUUUCCGACGAGAUCUCACACGGUGGCCGCUCAAGGUGGAAUAAACGCCGCCAUCGACAUCGAAAAGGAGGACAGCUGGCUCUACCACAUGUACGACACUGUGAAAGGGUCUGAUUGGCUGGGGGACCAAGACGCCAUACACUUUAUGACGAGGGAGGCACCGCAGGCAGUCUACGAGCUGGAAAAUUAUGGCUGCCCCUUCAGCCGCACGGACGACGGAAAGAUCUAUCAACGAGCGUUCGGCGGUCAGUCUCUGAAGUUUGGAAAAGGCGGUCAAGCUCACAGAACUUGCGCCGUCGCGGAUAGAACCGGUCACGCGAUGUUGCACACUUUAUAUGGACAAAGUCUGCGUUACGAAGUGCAUUAUUACGUCGAGUACUUUGCUCUUGAUCUUCUUAUGCACGGUCGGUGCUGCAAGGGCGUCCUAGCAUGGGAACUAGAAACUGGACUGUUGCAUCGCUUCAGAGCCCAUCACACGAUGUUGGCGUCAGGUGGAGCUGGAAGAUGUUACUUGUCCUGCACGGCUGCGCACGCAUGCACGGGCGACGGUUUGGCGAUAGCAUCUAGAGCAGGAUUGCCACUUCAAGAUAUGGAGUUCGUCCAGUUUCAUCCAACCGGAAUAUACGGCAGCGGCGUUCUGAUAACGGAAGGGAGUCGAGGGGAAGGUGGAAAGCUGAUGAAUUCCGAGGGGGAAUUUUUUAUGGAACGAUAUGCACCCAACGCGAAAGACCUCGCGUCUCGCGAUAUAGUAUCCAGAGCGAUAACCAUGGAAAUAUUCGAGGGAAGAGGCGUCGGUGCUAAGAAAGACCACGUGUAUUUGCAACUGGAUCAUUUGCCAAAGGAGGUAAUACGAACAAAAUUACCUGGGAUUUCGCAUUUGGCUUGGGUGUUUGCUGGCGUGGACGUGGAAAAAGAACCGAUUCCUGUUAUUCCAACGGUGCACUACAAUAUGGGUGGUAUACCUACAAAUUGGCGCGCACAGGUUAUAACGCGAGAGAACGAGGAGGACCAUGUGAUCGAAGGACUCUGGGCGGCGGGUGAAACUGCGUGCGCAUCCGUUCAUGGCGCCAAUCGACUGGGCGCCAACAGUCUGCUGGAACUGAUCGUCUUCGGUAAAGCUAUCGCCGAUCAAAUCGAUUGCAUGACCAGACCUGGUGAGCGCCACGAGGAUGUAUCAACCGCUCUUAGCGAUCAAUCUAUUUGUCGUUUCGAUGCGACCCGUUACGCGAAAGGCUGCGUUCCCGUCGCGGAGCUGCGGGAGGAGAUGCAGCAAACAAUGCACCGAUAUUGCUCGGUGUUCAGGACCUGUCACAUACUGCAACGAGGAUGCCGCGAGAUGACGCGGCUUUACACCUGCGAUCUACCGGAUAUAUGUGUUCAAGACCAGUCCUUGAUUUGGAACACGGAACUCGUGGAAGCCAUAGAAUUACAGAACAUGAUGCUGGUUAGUAUGCACAUUGUUUACGCGGCGGAGAAUAGAAAAGAGUCCCGUGGAUCGCAUGCUCGUGACGACUACAAGGAAAGAUGCGACGAGUACAAUUACACCCAGCCGGUCGAAGGUCAAACGAAACGACCAUAUAGCGAGCACUGGCGCAAACAUACGCUUACAUGGGCUCGAGAGGAUGGAUUAAUCAGUAUAUCAUACCGGCCAGUCAUCGAUUCUACAUUGGACGAGGCUGAGGCUAAGCAUGUUCCGCCAACGGUUCGAAUGUAUUGACAAGAUAGGACUCGUGGUGUAUAAUUUUUUGCUUCGAAACGCAGUCAACGUUACGCGUUCGCCGGCGUAAUUAAAACCAGCGGAGAGGCCAACGUUAUCGUGAAAUUGUAAAAGCGGCCAGACUCUGUCAUACGACGCGCGUGCCCCCUAUACGUUCCGUUCGCCGCGUUUAACGCGACAUAUUAUACAACUAAUUAAUUCCAACCGGAGGCGCAGACCCGUAUGCCAUCUUAUUUGCAUAUUCGAACGACGAAAUGCCAUACUUAAUAUGUAGAAUUAUAUUCUUCCAUGUCUGACAAUUUAUUUGUAUUUUUCUUUUAUCGACCACCGAACAUCAUUUAUCGGUGUGAAUCAAUUCUGUACAAUUUAUCUUUUUUUUUUUUUAUUUUUACAAACGUUCCAAGCAUUCGACAAAUCUAUUUUCAGCAAAUUUUUGUGUACAUUUUUUUUAACGUGUCCGAUGUGGCAAAUAGUUCUGAAAUUUAUGUCACAGAAACUGACACAAAUUUUCAGCGGUGGCGUGCGACCACAAAACCAUCAGUACCUGAUUUACGGUGAAAUUGAGUUAUAAACAGUUGAAAUGUACGAAAGGAAAUAUA